GUAAUAAGAGUGACAGGUUUUAUGAAAGGACUUUACACGGAUUUUGAGUUGAAAUCGGAUAACGUUAAGGAUAAAGAUGCCAAAAUCAGCUUCCUUCAGAAGGCAAUUGAUGCUGUUGUGAUGGUAACAGGAGAGCCACUGUCAGUUAAACCAGCGCGUGUUGUGGCUGGGCAUGAACCUGAGAAAACCAAUGAAUUUCUUCAGGCAAUUGGGAAGUGUUGCUUAAAUAAGCUGUCCAGUGAUGCUGCUGUUAAAAGGAUCUUAGCUGGGGAAAGAGCUGAUCCUAAAGGGAAACCUCCCACCUCUAGGUCUCGAGACAAAGAAAGCAGAGAAUCCAAAACAGAGGAACGAAAAAGCCAUAAAGAUAAAGAGGGUAGAGGAGGUGCUGAAACUAAAGACAGAAGCUCAAGUGGAGGCAGAAGAGCCAAAGGAGACUUGAAAGAGAGUGAAGGAAGGGAAAAUGAAAGUGAUAAACAUAAGGAUAAUGAAGACAGGCACAAAGACCCUGAAAGAGACACCUUUAAGGAAGGAGAAAAACAAGAAAGGGAAAGAAGCAGAAGCAGAACAGCCAAGCAAGGAAGAGAAACAGAAAAAAACAAGAGCAAAGGGGACAUAGAACAAGAAGAUGAACUCGGGCAUGAUAAAGGACAAGAAAGAGAGAAAAAAUAUGAAGGAGCAAGAGAAAAGGACACACUGAAAGGAAGAGACAAAGAUAAGGCUAGGGACAGAGAACGAGAGAAAGACAGGGAGAGAGGAAAAGAUCGGGAAAGGGAUAGAAAAAGGGACAGAGAAAAAGAUGGGGAGCACUUAAGAGAACAUGGAAAUGAUAAAGCAGAGAAAAAGUCUGCAGAUGCUGAGGAAUCCACACUUAGAAAACCAAGGAGGCCAUCUAAAGACAGCAAGUGCCAGCCAGAUCAUGAG